CAACCAAUCAAUCAAUCAACUCAUCCAAAGAAUGUCUCAUUUAUCAAAUCAAUUAGAACCUUCAUCUCGUUAUCCUUCUUCUCCUUCUUCAACUGCUUCUUCUGAUUCCGAACAAGACGAUCCUGGUCCAGAUCCACCAAGAAGAGGUGAUGACCGGAAUCUAAGGAUCAACUCAACUGAAAACCAUCCAACCGUACCUGCUCUCACUACUCCUUCUGCUAAACCAGGUUCUCAUCCUUGGCCCUUCAAUACAAUCAGUCCUAGAUCAAAUCCUCAAUCUAAUCAACUUGAUUCUCAUCCACAUCAUCUCUCUGAACUUAUCGAGAGUGAUAACGAAGGUACUGUGGUCAUCAACCAACAACAAGCUGUUAUUCCAAGUACUAGUGCAUCAGUUAAUGAUUGGAUUCAAAGCGUUAAUGGAUCAUCAACUUCUCAAAAACCAAACGUACCACUCUCCAGUUCAUUACCUCAUGAAAUUCUGAUUCAAAUCUUACGUUCCGUCACCUCUGCAACUGAUCUACGGAGAGCACUUUUAGUUUGUAAAGCUUGGUGUCAAUGCGGAGUCGAGUUACUAUGGCACAAGCCCACUUUCGCAUCCACCUCUUGUUUAAUCAAAAUGCUAGUCUCACUAGCCAAUAAAAAUCCAACCUUUCCUUAUAUCACCUUUAUCCGACGUUUGAAUUUCUCAGGAAUAGCUGAUCAUAUGACGGAUCAUAUCUUACUUCGAUUAGUGAACUGUACAAGACUUGAAAGAUUGACCUUAUCAGGAUGUAAUUCGAUAUCUGAUAAUUCGAUUAUUAAAGUUUUGAUCAACUCAACUGAUUUAGUGGCUUUAGAUCUUUCGGAUUGUAAAUUGGUCACUGAUCUGGCUAUCGAAGCUGUUGGUCAAAAUUGCAAAUUACUUCAAGGUCUUAAUUUAUCAGGUUGUAAAGCUAUCACAGAUCAUGGGUUACAGUCUUUAAAAGAUUGUAAGGCAUUACGUAGGCUCAAGUUGAAGUAUUGCGAAAAAAUCACCGAUUUGUCACUUAUCACCAUAGCAGUCUCAUGUCCAUUAUUACUCGAAGUAGACUUAGUAGGAUGCCGUCAAAUUUCGAAUGCAAGUCUUUGGAUGUUAUGGAAAAACUCAUCACAUCUACGUGAAUUAAGUUUAUCCGGAUGUACAGAGAUAUCAGAUGGAGGAUUUCCCAGUGCCAUGAAUCCUGCCAUCGGAGCAGAUGGAGAAAGUCAUCCAAUCUUAUCAGAAGAAAGUAAUUCGAAUCAAUCAAAUGGACAACCGAUGGAAUUAUCAAAUCAUUAUCAUUAUUUGAUGAUGGGUGGUCCUACUGUGAUGCAUUUUGAUCAUAUUAGGUUUUUAGAUUUAACUUCUUUAGCUAAAUUAACUGAUUCAAGUUUAGAUGGAAUCAUUAAACAUAUGCCUAGGAUUCGAAAUUUGGUACUCGCCAAAUGUGUAGGAUUGACUGAUGAAGCUUUGAAUUCGAUUUGUGGAUUAGGAAAGUAUCUUCAUUAUCUUCAUUUAGGUCAUGUUAGUAGUCUUACGGAUAGAGCUGUGAUUAGAGUAGCUCGAAGUUGUACUAGGCUCAGGUAUAUUGAUUUAGCAUGCUGUAAUAAUCUAACGGAUAUGAGCGUGUUUGAGUUAGCCCAAUCUUUACCGAGACUGAAGCGUAUCGGACUUGUAAGAGUUACCAAUAUCACAGACCAAUCAGUCUUCACAUUGGUGGAUCGAACAUCUCUAGAAAGGAUUCAUCUCUCUUACUGUGAUAAUAUCUCAGUGGGAGCGAUUCAUUGGCUCUUACAGAGAUUACAUCGGCUUACUCAUCUCAGCUUGACCGGUGUACCUGCCUUUCGUAGGACGGAUCUACAAGCUUGGUGUCGCGCACCACCCAAGGAUUUCAAUGCGCAUCAAAGACAGGCGUUUUGUGUAUAUUCUGGAAAAGGAGUGAAUGAACUGAGAUAUUAUCUUGCUGCACUUUAUAACUCGAUCACCAAUAACCAAAACCGAAAUCGAUUUGAUACAUCCACUUCACCUGCUACUACACCUAACCUAACAGAUGAAAGUAAUCCGAUCGGACCUAAUCUAGCUGUGUUUAAUUCGAUGCCAGAUCCAAGAAUCAUGGCAAGUGCUAUGCAAUCAGCUCGACAACAGGCUAAUCCACACCGACCAUUUAGGUUACCAGCACGAACUAGAAUGAUGCAAUUGGGAGAAUUCUUGGCGGAUCCUGCUACCGGACAUGAUUAUCUUGCACGAAGGGUUUAUAAUGAAGCCAUUACGAUUGCAAGACAACAACAGAUGACUGUCAGUACCGCUAAUCAUCAUCAUCAUCAUCAUCGAAACGGAAGCGGAUCACCGGAUCUAUUAACACUACCUAAUGUUGGAAGUAGUAGUGGAGGAAAUCAUCAGAACGGAUUAAGAUCACCUAUUCCAUUAUUUAAUGAUCAGAAUCAAGAGAAUGAAGUCGAGAGAUCAGGAGGAGAAGAAGCAGAAGAAGAGAUUAGAAGGAUUAGUAGAAGAAGAUCAGAUUUAGAACAACAAGUUCAUCUGCUUCAUCAUCAUCAUCAUAACGUAUCGGAAACUUCAAUGGGAAAUAAUCAUUUAGGAUUACUUUCGGUGCCUGAUCGAGAACAAAGUGUUAGUCCAAUGGAAAUCUCGGAUGAUGAAAGACCUCCUCCUUAAAUUCUUUUCAAUUAAGAGGAGAGCUAUGGUAUGGUAUCGAGAAGGGUUUGGUUUUGAAAUUUAGGAAAAGACGUUCUUGAAGCAAUUUAAAAGAAAUUACAAUUGUGUAGAAAAGAUUUUUAAUAAACGGGGUCUUUAUACUAACAUGAAAAAAAAUAUUAAAUUUUAAUUCCAAAGAUUUUUUUUUUUAAAAAAAAAAAUCACAAAAUUCUAAUGAUAAAAUAAAGAAAGUUUUAUUCUUUGAUAUAUAUAUAUAAAAAAAAGAGGAAUUUUUGUU